AUGCAUUUCCCAAGAAUUUACGCAGCUCUGCUGUCUGCCUUCGUUGGCACUGCGCUAAGCUAUGAUGCAGACUUCACAGUGUAUCCAAAUCCCGACUGCAGCAAUGGCGGCGGUACAACCAUUAUAGGCAGUGUAGGAGCCGAAGAUCAAUUCUGGCCAGACCAGCGCAGUGUUCGAGUCAACUCAAUUCGCAACGGAAAGCACGUCGCCCUUUAUUUAGGCGGUUCUCAAAGUGGCGCUGUAACGAGGCUCUACGAUCCAGAUGGUUGCAUCAACGGAGACUGGCUGAGCUAUGGAAUUUAUAAUGGCGGACCAUGA